UCCAGGAGUCGCAGAUCAUCACCGAGAGUGCGUGCGAGGAAGAGGCAGGCAGGAAGAGGGAGACGCAGCACUGGAGCACCGCGUUGAGCUGCUGGACAUAAUCAAACAUGUCAAUAUUUACACCUACAAACCAGAUCAGGCUAACAAAUGUUGCCAUCGUCAGGAUGAAGAAAGGAGGGAAACGAUUUGAAAUAGCCUGUUAUAAAAACAAAGUGAUGAGCUGGAGAUCUGGAGCGGAGAAAGACCUCGAUGAAGUCCUGCAGACAAACACAGUGUUUGUGAAUGUGUCUAAGGGUCAAGUGGCGAAGAAAGAGGACCUGUCAAAUGCUUUCGGCACAGAUGACUUGACAGAAAUAUGCAAACAGAUUUUAUCCAAAGGAGAACUGCAGGUGUCAGAUCGGGAGCGGCAGAGUCAGCUGGAACAGAUGUUUCGUGAUAUUGCAACUAUUGUGGCAGAAAAAUGUGUGAAUCCUGAGACCAAACGGCCCUACACAGUCAGCCUCAUAGAGAGAGCGAUGAAGGACAUCCACUUCUCCGUCAAGGCGAACAAAAGCACUAAACAGCAGGCUCUCGAGGUCAUCAAGCAGCUGAAGGAGUCCAUUCAGAUCCAGAGAGCUCACAUGCGGCUGCGCUUCGUCCUGCCAGCCAAGGACGGGAAGAGACUGAAAGAAAAGCUCAGACCCUUAAUAAAGGCAGUGGAGGAAGAGGACUUCCAUGAUCAGCUGGAAAUGGUGUGUCUGAUAGAUCCAGGCUGCUUCCGUGAGAUCGAUGAGCUGAUCCGCUGUGAGACUAAAGGAAAGGGAACGCUGGAGGUCCUCAGUCUCAAAGAUGUGGAGGAAGGAGACGAGAAACUAGAAUAACCUCUUCAUCUUCACCUGCUUCAACACAUUAAACUAUUGCCCAUUCAUUUAACACACAGAGCCUUUUUAAUUGAGUUCUCUUUUGCAACUGAAACAGGCUUUAUUAACAAUUCUAAAUUGGUGAAUAUUUAAAAUUAUGUUCCCAAAAAGACAACAUUUAGCAUGUUUGCAAUAAUUUAUUUUCUGUGAAAAUUUGAAUUGUUAUAUUAAUAAGAGAAAUUUUAAUAAUAUACAAUAAAGCAUUGUCACCUAGU